CGCGACUCACGUCCUUCGACGCGUCCGCUUUAGUCUAUAUAUAUCUAUAUAUGUAUGUUCUCUCUCCUUACUGUCUGAUUCACUCAUUUUCUCACUUUGAAUUUUUGGUUUCGUUGAUUUUCGGUUUCGUUGAUUUUCGGUUUCGUUGAUUUUCUUCGUGUUUUCUCACGAAGUGUAACGGUCUUGCACAAUGUCUCGACGUGGCGGUGGCCGUCGGUCGGAUUCUCGACAAGACCAGCAAUCAUCAUCUCCCUCGCCGUCAUUUCAGCGCGGUGGUGGAGGCGGUAGAGGUGGAAGAGGUGGCAGAGGACGUGGUGGUCCUGGAUAUCAUCCGGCUCCAGCUUUCACUCAAGCUGCUUCUACCCCGGCUUCGGCUUUCCCUCCAAUAUCCCGUCCGCCGGCUCCUGCUUCCUCUCCGGCAGCUCCUGCCCCGUCGGUUGCUCCGACGCCUCCUGAAGCUGUGGCUUCUUCUUCGCGAGCACCGCCGCCUAAGGCCGCCGCCUCGAGUUCGGCGGCUGUGGAGGAGUUGAGACGAGAGGUGGAACAAAAGCUGACAGUUGGAGAUCAGUUGACCAAGGAUGUUCGUUUCCCGUCUAGGCCUGGGUUUGGGACCGUCGGCAGGAAGUGUGUGGUCAGGGCGAACCAUUUUUUGGUCCAAAUCGCAGAUAGAGAUCUGUGUCAUUAUGAUGUUACCAUAACUCCUGAAGUAACUUCGAAGAAAGUAAAUAGGGAUAUAAUAUCUCAGCUUGUUCGUAUGUAUCGUGAGUCACACUUGGGCAACCGAAUGCCAGCUUAUGAUGGCAGGAAAAGCCUCUACACCGCUGGGCCUUUGCCUUUUGAAUCUAAGGAAUUUGUUGUCAAGCUGGUUGAGAGGAAUGAUGGUGCAGGGUCUUCUGGUUCAACCACGAGGGAGCGCCAAUUUAAGGUGGCAAUCAAAUUUGCAGCUAAGGCGGACCUUCAUCAUCUGCAACAAUUUUUAUAUGGUAGACAAAUGGAUGCUCCGCAAGAAACCAUACAAGUUCUUGAUAUUGUUCUCAGGGCAUCUCCGUCGGAAAAGUAUAUAACUGUUGGGAGGUCAUUUUUCUCAUCUGAUUUGGGGCCAAGGGGUGAGCUUGGUGAUGGUAUAGAAUAUUGGAGAGGUUAUUAUCAAAGCCUUCGGCCAACCCAGAUGGGAUUGUCUUUUAAUGUUGAUGUGUCAGCCAGAUCCUUCUUUGAGCCAAUUAUGGUGACUGACUUUGUAGCUAAAUACUUCAGGUUGAGAGAUUUGUCAAGGCCUUUGUCUGAACAAGAUCGCAUUAAGGUGAAGAGGUCCUUAAAAGGAAUAAAAGUAGAGCUACGUCACAGAGAGUAUCCUAAAAGCUACAAGAUCACUGGUGUAUCCAAUAAGCCAAUGAGUCAAACAUUCUUCACUCCUGAUGAUAAUAGUUCAGAUGUGUCAGUUGUUCAGUAUUUUCGUGCGAGAUACAAUAUUGGGCUCCAAUAUACGUCCUUGCCUGCCCUUCAAGCUGGGAGUGAUUCAAAGCCCAUUUAUUUGCCUAUGGAGCUUUGUAGGAUUGUUGAAGGACAAAGAUACACAAAGAAAUUGAAUGACAGGCAAGUAACUGCACUGUUAAGAGCAACUUGUCAACGCCCUCAUGAACGGGAAAAUAGCAUUAAGCAGAUGGUUAGGCGGAAUAGUUACAGUAGAGAUGAGCUUGUGUCAAAUGAAUUUGGAAUUCAAGUUAAAGAAGAACUUACAUAUGUUGAUGCUCGAGUUUUGCCACCUCCUAUGCUUAAAUAUCAUGAGACUGGGGGUGAAUCAAGGGUUGAUCCCCAAUAUGGUGCAUGGAAUAUGAUAAACAAGAAAAUGGUGAAUGGUGGGAUGGUGGAUUUUUGGACAUGUGUGAACUUCUCUAUGCAGGUCCACCGAAAUUUGCCUCAUGACUUUUGUUAUCAGUUAAUUCAGAUGUGUGUCAGCAAAGGAAUGGGAUUCAACCCAAAUCCUAUUAUUCCAGUACAGUCAGCUCAUCCUAGCCAAAUUGAGAGGGCUCUUGCUGAUGUUCACAAGCAGUGUACUGCAAAACUUGCAAAUGAGAAGAAACGGCUUCAGUUGUUGAUAAUCAUUUUACCUGAUUUAAGUGGCUCAUAUGGGAAAAUUAAACGAAUCUGUGAGACUGAAUAUGGAAUUGUCUCUCAGUGCUGUCAACCAAAGCAGGCAGCAAAGCUAAGUAAACAGUAUUUUGAAAAUGUUGCCCUCAAAAUCAAUGUUAAGGUUGGUGGUAGAAAUACUGUGUUGAAUGAUGCUAUUCAAAGGAGAAUUCCUCUUGUGACUGAUCUUCCUACAAUUAUUUUUGGUGCUGAUGUAACUCAUCCAGCUCCUGGGGAGGACUCUGUUCCAUCGAUAGCAGCAGUAGUGGCUUCAAUGGACUGGCCAGAGGUAACAAAGUAUAGAGGACUUGUCUCUGCACAGGCUCACCGUGAAGAAAUUAUCCAGGAUCUCUAUAAAUCAUAUCAUGAUCCAGAUAAGGGAUUAGUUCAUUCUGGAAUGAUCAGGGAAUUACUAAUAUCUUUCAGAAGAGCUACUGGGUUUAAACCUGGAAGGAUUAUAUUCUACAGAGAUGGUGUUAGUGAGGGCCAAUUUAGCCAGGUCUUGCUACAUGAGAUGGAUGCCAUACGAAAGGCUUGUUCUUCACUUGAGGAGGGAUACCUUCCACGCGUGACCUUUGUUGUGGUGCAGAAGAGACAUCAUACACGACUUUUUCCUGUUGAUCGUGGUCAGGCAGACAGGAGUGGCAAUGUUCUGCCAGGCACUGUUAUUGAUACUAAGAUAUGCCACCCGAAGGAGUUUGAUUUCUACCUGAACAGCCAUGCUGGAAUUCAGGGAACAAGCAGACCUACACACUACCAUGUGUUGUAUGAUGAGAAUCGCUUCACUGCUGAUGGAUUGCAAAUUCUGACUAACAAUCUCUGUUAUACUUAUGCAAGGUGUACUCGAUCUGUUUCCAUAGUCCCUCCUGCCUAUUAUGCCCAUUUAGCUGCUUUUCGGGCUCGAUAUUACAUUGAGGGCGAAACAUCAGAUGGUGGAUCUUCAAGCGGACGGAGUACAACAGCGAGGAGUAGGGAGUUCCAACCUCUUCCUGUGAUCAAAGAUAAUGUGAAAGAUGUUAUGUUUUAUUGCUGAGAUUCCAACGUCCCAUUUUGUGUUCCCUCUUUUUUUUUUGGCACAGUUUUUGCACAAAUGGCCAUUAGUCGUUGCAGUCUCGGUGCCUACCCUUAACCCAACUGAAUGAAACUGAUACUGUUACCUCUGGGUGUUCUUUUUGGCAAAUGGUAUUCGAGUUUAACUGUUAUUAUUUAUUUAGCUGAGGCUGGUUUUGGUUGUUGGGAUGGUGAGUGAAGCAACAUAGAUGCUUGGAAAAGUGAUUUCAUUUCCUUGUAAAUACUACUUUGCUUAAUGCUCAAUCUCUUAUCAUUAAAGUUCUUAUAAUUUUCA